AUGCAUCUCCUUGUAGCUCUAACUGUCCUUGCUACCACAGCACAAGCUCACUACCGCUUCCCGAAGCUUAUCCUGAACGGUGUCCCCGAAUCAGCAGAAUGGACAUCCAUCCGGCAAACCAAGAACUACCAAACCAACUCUGGUGUUACUUCCGUUACUAGUCCCGACAUGCGCUGUUUCCAAAAUCGCCCUGGAACAGGUACCGCGACUGUGGCUGCCGGUGAUACCUUAGGCUUCGUUGCCGCGGCUUCGAUCUCGCACUUCGGACCGGUGCAGUUCUACAUGGCGAGAGUGCCGGACAGUGCGGAUAUCAAUACGUGGGAGGCGGCGGGGAAUGUGUGGUUCAAGGCAGCGAGCAUCAGCGCGGUGGGGAGUCCGUUGACGAGUGGGGAAAGCACUUGGCCUGCGUAUCAGAAAUCGCAAGUCGAAUUCCAGAUCCCAAAGAACGUGCCAAGCGGCAAGUAUCUUGUCCGUGUAGAGUCCAUCGCACUUCAUCAAGCUUCUUCGGUCGGCGGCGCGCAAAUGUAUCUUUCAUGCGCUCAGGUUGAAAUUACUGGCGGAGGAAAUGGUAAGCCUGGGCCUUUGGUAGCGUUUCCGGGAGCAUAUAAUGCGAAUGACCCUGGUCUGAGGUGGUCGUACUAUCCGAUCGCCACGAGUUACACUGCUCCUGGGCCUGCUGUGUGGAACGGCAACUGA